AUGUCUCUGAGCUACAUUCGCUCCUGCACGCUACAUCGAUCACUUAUACCCAACGGCUGGCUCAGGACUGGACAGUCUUCAGGCCUACCUCGUCGCGUAUCCACUCCGGCAACAAGGCUCGGGUCUGCGACGCAGCGGCUGGUCAAGUCAACCAUGCGGCCCGAUGCGCAGAUCCAGCUGACCGAGCAGGAGGAGACGAUCUGCCAGCUGCUCGACCACACCUGCACCUACAUCCAGCGCGAGAAGCCCGAGAUCGAAGGCGUGGAUGCGACGCAGCGCAGCGGCGAUGAAUCCGAUCCGUGCGAGGCGCGCAUCGCCGGCGGAUGGGUGCGCGACAAGCUGCUUGAGCGCGACUCGGACGACCUUGACAUCUCGCUCUCCACGCUCACCGGCAACGCCUUUGCACUCUACCUCAAGCACUUCCUCUCCAGCCCUUCCUUCUCCACAUCGCCCCUGGCGCAGUCGCCCUACUUCCGCGAAGAUGGCCACGAGAUGGGCAGGAUCGGAAAGAUCGCCGCCAACCCGGAACAGAGCAAGAAUCUCGAGACCGCCACCGCGCGUGUCUUGGGCCUCUCGCUCGAUUUUGUCAAUCUGCGCAAGGAGACGUACGACCCGGGCUCGAGGAUCCCGACCAUGACGUUUGGCACGCCAAAGGAAGACGCAGAGAGACGCGAUAUCACCAUCAACUCGCUCCUGUACAACGUGCACUCGCGGCAGGUCGAAGAUCACACCGGUCUCGGACUGCAGGAUCUUGCCAGCGGCCUCAUCCGCACGCCUUUGCCGCCGCUCACUACGUUCCUCGACGACCCAUUGCGCGUCCUGCGAUGCGUGCGCUUCGCCAGCCGAUUCGCGUACGAGCUGCAUCCGGCGAUCAUCCGCUGCUUGACUGCGGCGGGCGAUGCCGAGACGGGCGCAGUGCAGUUGGCAAGCGCAGAUGACCCGAGAGUGUCGACGGGAAACAGCGCAGGCGUCGAGUCGGGUCGGGACCAGAUCCGCGAUGCGCUCGUCAGCAAGGUGUCGCGAGAGCGAUUCGGCAUCGAGGUCGACAAGAUGCUCAAGGGGCCCAAUCCGCUGCUGGCGCUUUUCCUGCUGCAUCGGCUCGAGCUCUUCCCGCUCGUAUUCCACCCGCAGCCGAGUGCAGGUAAGCUCUGGGUCGCUUCCGAGCCACCGCUGAGACGGGAGGGUGCACCAUUGGCGGAUGCUGUGGCGCUCAACGCUGCGCGACUGCUCGAUGCGAUUCUCAAGCAGAGCACGCUCGAUGCGGCGCCGAUCAACCAGGACGUGGCGAUGCACAGUCUGACGCUCGCCGACGCAAGCGGCAACGCAGAGGACGUGCUUGGCAAGACGGAUCUGUCGCGCGAGUUCUCUGCGGUGCCUGCUUCGCCUCUGGCCAAGGCGGUGCUUGAGGCGCUGCCGUCGGAUCUGGUCGCGAGCUGGUCGUCCGCCGCGCUGUCGUCGGAAGAAAAGCGCCGGUUGUGGAUCUCGGUGGCGCUGCUGCCGUUGCGGGAGCUGGUAUACGAGGAGAAGAAGAACAAGAACGCGUGGGCAGGCGAGAGCGUCAUCGCCACCGGGCUCAAGCUCGGCACCAAGACGCUCAAGGAACCGGUGACUGCUAUGCACAAGUGUCUGGAGCUGCUGCCGCUCGGACGCAGGGCGCUUUCUCGCGACGCACCCGCAGCACAAGAUACAGAGGCGCUCGAUCGUGCACUGCAUCUUUCGCCCGGAUUAAGUGUGCGUUCGCGACUAGGCCUGCUGCUGCGCAAUCCGAAUGUGUCGAAUUCGAUGCUUCAGCUGCGUCCGCAACCUGCGUUGUUGCUGUCGUUCAUCGGCGAGGCCAUCGAGCUAUGGCGCAACUCGGAAGAAUCGUUCAACAGCCUCAACGCGAACCUCGGUGGGGGGCAGGAUCGCAUCGUCGAACUCGCGCGCGAGUACGCGCAGUUUUGGACGCUCGUCCAGCGGUGGAAUCUGGUAGAGCGGGCGGACGAGAAGCCUCUGCUGGAUGGAAACGCCGUGACGGCGUGUCUGGGCUGUCACCCACGCCUGAUCUCGCACAUCCAGACGUUCGUGCUCGCAUGGCAGUACGACCAGCCCUUGAGUGGGCCCGAGCUCGAGGUCCAGUGCUCGGAAUGGCUCAAGGCAGAGUGGGCGAAAGGCGGCAUUGUGCCCGUUGAUCAACGCCCACCACCGCCUCCGAGCAAGGCGGACAAGGCCAAGAAGAAACCAGCCGUCGAGACACCCGACCGCCGAAAACGCCAGAAGAGCGAGUAG